AUGAUCUCUGGAACUUCCGAUUCUACUGUGGGUGCUUCGGUAAUGACUCAAUUAUAUAAAUAUUAUGUGACUGAUGGUCAAUUUAUUCCAAGUGCAAAUGUUGUAUUUAAAAAAGAUUUAAAUUCCGCACAUACAUUUCCAACUGAUUUCGAUAGUUCUGGUAAUAAUGGUUGUGGAUCUACAAGUAGUCCUUAUAUAAGUAAUUGUGGCUUUGAUGGAGCACGAGCUAUACUCGAGCAUAUUUAUGGACCUUUAAAAGCAAGAAAUAAUGGAGCAUUAACUGGAAAAUUUAUUGAAUUUAAUCAGGAAGAAUUUAUAACUAGCGCAAGAACAUAUGGAAUGAGCAAUACAGCAUGGGUUUAUGUACCUAAAACUUGUGCUGAUGGAGCUACUUGUAAAUUACAUAUUGCCUAUCAUGGUUGUCUACAAGGCUACGAAAAAAUUGGUGAUAAAUACGUUAAAAAUACAGGAUACAAUCGUUGGGCUGAUACCAAUAAUAUUAUAGUUUUAUAUCCACAAGCGGUUGCCACAAAUACAAUUAAUUCGGCAGGCGGGGCCUCAAUUCCAAACCCGAAUGGAUGUUGGGAUUGGGUUGGAUGGUAUGGAAUUGAUUUUAGUGUUAAAAGUGGCAAACAAUCGACUGCUACGAAGAAAAUGAUUGAUCGUAUAACAAGUGGUUUCAAUCCAAUUGAUGCACCGACGGAACUUCAAGUUCUUGCAACUACAGACAAUUCAGUUACUCUUGCAUGGAGAUCAGUUUCAAGUGCAACUGGUUAUAAUCUUUAUAGGAAUGGUGGUAAAGCUAAUAGUGGAAUAAUAACUGGCACAACAUUUACAGAUAAUAAUUUAAAUUCGGGUACAACAUAUACAUACACUGUCAAAGCUGUUUCAUCAGCAGGUUCUGAAAGUGCGGCUUCAAAUUCAGUGCCUGGUAAAACUACAGGUGAGCCGCCAGCUGUAGGAACGCCGAAUGGCUUGAUAGCUACGGAUAUAACCAGUAAUUCUAUUACUUUGAGAUGGAAUUCAGUAUUAGGUAUAACAACAUAUAAUCUUUAUCGUAAUGGGAAUAAGUUGACAAGUGUUAGUCUCACAUCGUAUACAGAUACAGAUUUGCGUUCGACAACUGAAUAUCGAUAUCAAGUCUCAUCGAUAAAAGAUUCAUCUGAAAGUGAAAAAUCUAUUGAAGUUCAUGCUACAACGCUUACUGAAAAAGCGUGUUUCAAUGACAAUAAUUUUAAUCAUGUAACUAGUGGAAGAGCUUAUCACAGUCUUGGUUAUGCAUUGGCUAUCGGUUCAAAUCAGAAUAUGGGACUUUAUAAUACAUUUCAAAAAACAAAUCUAUGCAAGAUAAGAGAAAACUACUACGUAAUCGAGUAG